GUAGAACAGGAUGGCUAGAAUAGGCUGGAGACUUGCUGGCACUGAGCCUCCAGUAAUUCAUCAAUUAAAGUUCAGCUUUUCCUACCCCUCCACUGGAACCAGUUCCGGCAGCGGUCUCUGCUCAGGUUGACAUUCUCAGUCCUGUUUGCUGGUGUUUCCUCAUUUCAUUGACCUCUCAAGGUUAAGAGUGCCCUGGAGCUCUGCCUUCGGAUUGCUUUUCUUCUUUCUCCUCCUUCAUUCUAUGAGCUUUAAAUUCCACUUAUAAGCUGGUCCCCAGUUCUUUGUGAAUCAGCUAAUUGAGGCCAGGCUUGGCAAAAUGAACCUCUCAACUGUGGGUCUGGAUGGACUUAGCUCAUCACUAUGGACUGGACUCAGCUUCCCUCUCUAGAAAAUUUGCUCCAUGAAGGAACACCAGAUUGCCAUCCCUGGGGAACAGAAUGCAACCAGGGAUCUGGAGAGCUGUCACAUUCCAAGAAAUAUUUAAAUUGUGCUGAUUUUCUUCUGGAGAACUGAGCCCAGGGAAUGAAACUCUCCAUCAAGUCAUAGCUUUGCGGGCAAUAGAUCAGAGGAUAUUGCCAGUUUUCUAAUGGAUUAUUGUUAUCGGGCAGGUUUUCUCUGAAGGGUUCAUUCACUUACCCAGCUAUCUAAAUCUGCUCAGCUUCCAGGUCUAGUGCUAAAACUUGUUUUACUUCAUCUACUGCUUCUCAGCUGCUGUUACAUCCUUCUUGAAUGGAAUUCUGGUUAACUCAUAUUGUGCUUGACAACUUCUUUUUGAUAGAUUCACCCAGAAAGCACAACCCUGAUUUUGCCUGAGAAGGACUUCCAAUAGAACCUGAAAUGAGAAUGCAACCUGGGAGAAUUUCAUUAUUCCAUGAUACCAUAAUACCAUGUUCAGGUGCAGUUGUCUGUAUCUAGUGUACAUAGCAAGAAUCCUGUUUGGUAUGGUCUCCAAUAUCUGAUGUCUGUUCCAGAGAUGCAGUGUAACAACAUUUUCUGUACAGGACAGAUUAUGACAGCUUCUUUCUUAAGGCCAUAGCUUCCUAAUCAAUAAAGUAAUUCCUACCAUGGGAGAAUGAAAAGGAAGAGAGACUGAAAGGAUAGAAUGUUUAAAUUUUGUCAAAUGAAGCAUAUUUUUGAAACACUUGAUAAAAUGAGAUGCUUGAGAAAACGUUCCACAGUAUCAUUCUUGGGAGUUCUUGUCAUUUUCCUUCUCUUUAUGAACUUGUACAUUGAAGACAGCUAUGUUCUGGAAGGAGAUAAACAACUUAUAAGGGAAACAUCCACACAUCAGCUGAAUUCAGAACGUUAUGUGCAUACUUUCAAAGAUUUAUCUAAUUUCUCAGGAGCCAUCAACGUCACCUAUCGCUACUUAGCUGCCACGCCUUUACAAAGAAAGCGGUUUCUUACAAUUGGACUUUCAUCAGUGAAACGAAAAAAAGGAAACUAUUUACUCGAGACAAUCAAGUCAAUUUUUGAGCAAUCCAGCUAUGAGGAGCUGAAGGAAAUUUCAGUGGUGGUUCACCUAGCAGACUUUAAUUCAUCCUGGCGUGAUGUCAUGGUCCAGGAUAUUACACAGAAAUUCGCCCACCACAUUAUUGCAGGAAGAUUAAUAGUUAUACAUGCUCCAGAGGAAUAUUACCCAAUCCUGGAUGGCCUUAAGAGAAAUUACAAUGAUCCAGAAGACAGAGUCAGAUUUCGUUCUAAGCAAAAUGUAGACUAUGCUUUUCUGCUUAAUUUUUGUGCCAAUACUUCAGACUAUUAUGUAAUGCUUGAAGAUGAUGUUCGAUGUUCAAAAAAUUUCUUAACUGCCAUCAAGAAAGUCAUUACAUCCCUAGAAGGAACCUACUGGGUAACUCUUGAGUUCUCUAAGCUUGGCUACAUUGGAAAACUUUAUCAUUCUCAUGAUCUCCCACGUUUAGCACACUUUUUAUUAAUGUUUUAUCAAGAAAUGCCUUGUGAUUGGCUAUUGACUCAUUUUCGGGGUCUUUUAGCUCAGAAAAAUGUGAUCCGUUUUAAACCAUCUCUCUUUCAGCACAUGGGUUAUUAUUCAUCAUAUAAAGGGACUGAGAAUAAGCUGAAGGAUGAUGAUUUUGAAGAAGAGUCAUUUGACAUCCCUGAUAACCCUCCUGCCAAUCUAUAUACCAACAUGAAUGUUUUCGAAAAUUAUGAAGCAAGCAAGGCUUAUAGUAGUGUUGAUGAGUACUUUUGGGGGAAACCACCUUCAGCAGGAGAUUUCUUUGUGAUUAUAUUUGAAAAUCCGAUUUUAAUUAAAAAAAUUAAAGUGAGUACUGGAACAGAAGAUCGGCAAAAUGACAUUUUACAUCAUGGAGCCCUAGAUGUUGGGGAAAAUGUUGUAGAUUUCAAACAAAGUAGACAAUGUGUUACUUACUUAAGACUAGGGGAAUUCAAAAACGGAAACUUUGAAAUGUCGGAGGUGAAUCAAAAAAUUCCAUUUGACAUAAAUUGUAUAAGGAUAUAUGUUACCAAAACACAAAAGGAAUGGCUGAUUAUUCGGAGUAUUAGCAUUUGGACUUUUUAACCAAUUAAAUCGAUAUGUCCAGUUAUUGAAGCAGGCUUUCCUGUUUCCCUUUUUGCUACCUUCCUCUUUUGCUACUUUUGUCUGUUGGAGGGAAAGCAAUGGAUGGAAUAUUUUCAAAGAAAAGUCUAAUCAUUUUGGCAGUUUUGAUUUACAUAUUGUCAACAUAAUUUUAUUCUAAUCCACACUUGUAUUUAUUUUAACUCUUGAAGUUGAGAAUCACUCCAUGGUUAAUGCUACUUCCAUUUAUAUUUUUAUGUGAUCAUGUUAGUUCCAAAAUUUCAACUAAAUGUCAAAAAGGUGACAUGAAGGAUUUAAAAUGAGAAAAUUUAGUUUGUUGGAUGGUGAGUCUUGAAAAAUAGUUGCCAACUGUAUGCACUUCCUCAAAAUUAAACAUUCAUUAUAUCAUCAGAUAGCUUUCAUUAAGCAUCUGUGUGAAUAUGCAGUUGGUUAGAAUGAUAAUCCAUUUUUUUCCUGUAAACAUAGGUUCUCAUAGACUUCUGUGCAUCUACAAUGAAUACCUCCUCAUAGAAAUAUGUCUUUACAACAGAAUUUUGUGCGUAGCUGGAGUGAUGGAAAGAAAAAAAUUACUUAACAAUAUUUCUCCCCUGAUUAUUUAUUAAAAGGGGCAUUGUUCAUUGUAUAAAAACACUUAAUUGAGCACCUAUUGUUAAUAAAUUUUCUGUGGGAAGCAGUCUUUUUCUAGAUUCCCUUUUGCAAAAAGAAUAGUUAUGCUCAAUAUUUUCACGUUAUAUUGGGUACCUACCUUUAAUAGACGAAAUUAGAGAAGGCCUAUACUUAGUUCAUUCUUACAAACAUUUUCAGUAAAUGCAGAAAAUUUUUGAAAUUGAUUUUAUAUGUUUUGUAUUAAAAUUCAUACAAUUGAAAUUGUAAUCAUAUACUUUCUUUGAAGUUUAAACAGACAUCUUAUAAAAGAGAAAAGUAGGAAACAUAGAAAUCAGUUGACUUUUCUAUAUUCAGAGCUAAUUCAAAGGAAAACCAAAGUGAGAGACCAGUUGUACUGAUAUCCAGACAGUACCCUCUCCCUUAUGUAGUGAUUGCUCCUCACAUAAAUUCUGCUUUCUGUUCGCCUCUACCUAAGGCUCAGAUAGCAAGUUAUGCUAUCUUGAAAUGGCUAGUAUAACUCUUCCAUAAGUCACAUUUUCAUUCUGUGGAAUAAGCCUAAAGUAUCUGAAAUGAUAGUCUUGUAUAUGCCCCCACAUGAUGAGCAAACUUGACUUUUACUCUAAGGAACUGGACAAUUGUGCCUAAACCAUUUGUCCUCUUAAAGCAUUUCAGGAGACCUUAGUGCAUCCUAAAGACAUUGGUUGUCCAGAACGCCCUGAACUUAUCUGACCCUUUCUAUCUUUUGACAGACAGCAGAGAUAAAAGGGUUUACUAUGAAGAUAUGAAAAGUACUUCAUGCAUGUUUAUGGAGAGGCUCAAAUGCUUAUGUUUUGAUAGAUUGGAAAGUAUUUUAUUCACUCUAUCCAAAUUGAUUAAAUUAGAAACUCGUAAAACUGGGAAUUUUUUCUUUUAUUGAUACAAUAGCUACUGUGUAUUUUCUUUGCAUCCAGUUGCUAUAGUAUAAUAAAGAGAAAAUAUGAAUCUAUAAAUAUUAAUAUUUUGUUGCACUACUAAGUCUUAAAGUCAUAGGAAAAAUGAACACUGCCACUAAACUAUAAUCUUUGCCUUGAUUUGGAGGAUAUUUGCCAGAUGUUUGAAGAUCCUCUAUUUUCUUGGCUUUUCUCAUCCUCUUUCAUUAACUGGCUGGUUGCAUAAUAUUCUCCAUAUAUCUCAGAAAUUACAAAUAAUCAUUUUUCUGCACUUUUAAUGACAAAAGGUACACAACAAAGACAUGUAAUAUCAAGACUUAGGCAGACUCCAUGAAGUGAUUGUAAAUUUCUCAGAGUCUGCAUAGGUUCUGAAAGUGUUUCCAAAGACCAGCCAUAGACAUCAACUUCUGGAAAAUGCUUCAAGAAAUAUUGCCGAGGGUAACAGUGAAAUCGAAUGUUUGCUAGAGAAUUAUAAAUGCAAAGUGAUUUUAAGGUUUUACAUUUUACCUUAAACUUGAUCUUUUCAUUAUGGAAACCAGAUUUGAAUAAGCUGGUCAGUCACCUAAGGAUGUCUUUAUGUUUUCUUUAUAGAUUGAGUGGAGGUCAACUUUUUAAGGAAAGACUUUGACAAACAAAGCUUCUCCAUUAGAGAACAAGGGGACAAAUAACCUUUCUCUUUCUAAAAGAUACAUUCUUUAUAUGAGUCAACGUUGCAUUCCCUAUAUUUAAAAAUUCUGAAAAAGGCUCCUGUAAUCUUGUCUCAGAGGCAUCGAGCAAAAAGUUAUUAGGUUUAAUUAUAGUCAAUCUGUUAUUAAGCAUUAUGUCUCAUCAAUGUCUCUUUGUAGUAGGUUUUUUUAAAUACAUAUUAUUUUCUUUGUUACAAAUAUCCAUUGAAAAACACUGGAAUGUAGCACAAAAGUCGAGUUAUUUAACUGCUACGUGAAUACGAUGCUGACAGGGUUUGAGCACAAAAUAUGGUAUAUACCUUAAAUAAUGUCUCAAUUUGUUUACUUUAAAUUGACUAAAAAGCUUAUUUACAUUUAAAUUUCUUCUCCCUAAGGAAGCCUUUUCAGCAUUUAUAAACAUCAAAAAAAAGCAUUCAUAAAAGCACAAUAAAAAUAUGGAAAUUAUACAUUUUUGGAAGAUACACAUUAUAGCAGCAAUAACAUGUCUGGAUAUAAAAAUACAUAAAAAGUGUUAAUAUAAGCACUGUUGCAUUAUCAUCAAAAAAACUAUAAAUUUUGUAAGAUAGAUAUUUUCCAGAUUAAAAAUAUAAUUUGGAAACCAAGCAUCAUUUAGAACAACUUUUCUCAUAUAGCUACACUUAUGAGACUAGAACAUUCCAUUGUUACUGAACCAUUAUUCUCUGGGAAUUUUUAUAAAGCUGUCAUAGAAAAACUAUCCUGUACAAUAAUGGCACCCAAAUGAAACAAAUAUUUACAAAUUACAAGGUAUGGUAGGGAAAGCACUUGCUCUUCUAAAUGUCCAUAUGGCAAACAUCACUCAAUAUUUGCCAGUUUGUCACAUGUCCUUUAGAACAUGACACCCUGGAUUAACAUGGAAAACUCUACUCAAUGUCCUCUGACAUCUGAAGAUAACAGUGUGAUCUCUUCCCUUGCCUCAUCAGUAUUUCCAUUAACACUGUUGAAGAUUACAUUUAUUUUUAUCACCAUGCUGCUACUGACUAACAAAGCUCACACUCAAAUUUCACAAUUUUUAUUACAUGAUCUCCUGAUAAAACCUGAUUUGAUAUUUUGUGUAUGUUCAAUUGAUUUCUUGAAGGUUUCUUGUAAAAUUUAGUAUUAAUUUCAAGAGAAUUUCAUUUUUUUUCUUCUGAUCCAUGACUCCCUACUUUCCAGCUUUUGAUUCCAUCAUUCGAUGUUUUAACAUAACUCCCCAGCUUUCUGGUACCACAGAUUUGGUAUGUGUGCCUUUUGUCCUCUCAGGAAAUACAUUUAAAGGGUCAGGUAGACCUGAGUUUGAAACCCAGUUCUGCAAUUACUGACCUCCAGAUAUUAGGAAAGUUAUUUAACCUUUAUGAAACUUAGUUCCUUCAUCUGUGAAGUUGAAUUAUUUUACCUUGUAGGCUGUUAGAACUGAAAAGGAGAUAAAGUAAUCAAUCAAGAAAUAAAUGUUUCUUCUCUUUUUAGCCACAUUAUAUAUGUUAAGAAAGGAUAUGGCCCUUCAAAACACUACCAGAGGCCUUCAUCCUGACCAAUAUCAACUUCAUUACCCACUAGAAAUGUCAUCCAGACCACCUUUUUAUAUUUAUAUUGUUAAAGAAUAUCAUGUAGGAUUAUGUAAAUGCCUUCCUAAAAUCAAGAUAUAUUUCUAUCAUUCUAUUAUUACUCUAGAAACCGCAUCCAAAAUUUGUAACAGUUGUUCCUAAUAUUCCCACUGUAAAUAUUAAUGAUCAUUUCUUUUUAAGAAAUCUAAACCCAUUUCUUUUGAAAAAUUAAGAAAAAAAGGCUUUUUGUAAUUUCUAAAAAUUUGCCCAGUAUCUCCAGUAAACUCACAGAGCUACAGUUUGCCGAGUCUUUCUUUUUUUAAUAUCAAGUUUAUAUUCUUUUGUCUGUUUUUUCCAUUACUGGCAAAAGUUAUCAGUGCACUAGCUUAUAAAUUACCUGUUCAAACUUGAAAACAGGCUUCCUCUCCUUGUCUACCUUGAGUUUCAUUGUUUCAUUGUUUAGAUUUCUACUCCUUUGAAUUUCUUCUCGGUUCAUUUGAGGAUUAUUCUUGUCAGAAGGAAGAAGGUCAUAACAAAAUGUAAUUUGGUUAGUUCUUGCUCGUUGUCUGUUUGCUUUUAACUCUUUUUGAAUGUUCCAAAAUUAUCGCAUCAUUCCAUAUAUGGGUGUGUGUAUCUAUGUCUAGAUAGAUCUGUGUGUGUGUAUAUAUUUGAGUAUAUGUGUAUUUGUGUGUGUGUGUGUGUUUGUGAGAGCAAGAGGAAUGAGGAAAAAAUGACAGAGAGGUAUGUGUAUCCUUAGCAUUAUUUUUACAACCACACCUCCACUUAUUCUUGGCUUCAGUGUUCCUAACAUACUGCUUUCCUGGUUGUGUCUCCCUUCUGAACUGGCUUAUGGUUAUGUAUCCAUAAAUAUUUUAUACAUGAAAAUAUGAAUACAUUUUAUAUAUGAAAAAUCAUAGCUCAUUAGAAAUUUCUGUACAACAUUUUAGAGUGUCUAAAUUCCUUAAAAGCUUAUUUGUUUAUUAGAAGAUCCCAUGUCUCUCAGAACAGGACUUGAUUUUUAGAAUUUCAACUUUAAAUUUAUUUUAUUUGAAUUUUUUAACAUUUGAAGAUUCAAAUAUGAGUUGCAAGGCAUUCUCUUUCUAAACUAUAAAUAUUAUGAAAACAAGGUCAUACUGUUCCAAAAUUCUUAUCUCUCCCACCUCAUUAAUCUGCUCAUCAUGGUUACUCUGACUUAAGUCCAGAGUAGUGCUCAUUUCAUUAAUUCCAAAAUCUUCUGAGAUGCAUUAAUGUUCUAUUUUGAGCAUUGAAAUUGAAAUGUAGAUUUGAGGCCAUUUUCUAGAUAAUUGGAUCUGAACAUCUAUUCUGAAAAACUCAUACAUAUUUGAGACCAAAGUAGUUUCUUAUUUGAACUAUUGCUUCAGCUUCCCAUUUUGCUCUGUCUAGAUAUUCUCUUCAAAAAUUCACCCAAAAGUUCAAUUUAUUAUGUGAUAAAAUGAGUAAGAUUUUUAUGCUCUUAGAAAAAUAUAAUCACAUUAAGAAUAUAGUAUGAGCAAAUUUCAUGUCUUAUUGAAAGAAAAGCAGUACCCUGCAUAGCCAU